AUGCUACCUUUCGACGAAAAGACAAAAUAUAUUCCAAAUUACUGGCAACUUCCUAGUGGCCUACUUUACUCUUUUAUUGCUUCUUCUUCCGUGCCUCAAGUUGAUUACGAAUGUGUCAACGAUAUCCAAAAUAGACGUCGUAAAAUGAAGAAGCACAAACGUCGGAAAUGGCGCAAGAAGUACUCUUCUCUCAUUCGCAAACUACGAACACAACGCGAAAAGAAGGAAGAAAAGAAACUUCAAGAAUUACUUGACCUCUGGCGUAGUCGAUCAGAGGCCUGGGAUCCUGCUUCUAAAAUCGAAAGGCGGUUAAUGUUUGCCCGUCGCUCUGGUUAUUAUGAUAUUAAACCUAUUGGAACAGAGUGCUCGAAUCCAGUUUCGGAGACUCAAAAAGGUCAGAUUGCCAUAGUGGAAAUAACCAAUGUCGUAAGGGAUCUAACUCUUGCCCUGAAUCGCGUCUACGAAAACGUUCGCGAUACCCAGGGCACCAAACAUCUUAAUGCUGAACUGCCAAAGAAUUUCAAAGAGCGAGUUGAUGCUUUUCAAGAACGGAGAAAUGCCAUCAAAAAGAACGUUUCGCAAUUUUGUUCUCAACUUGUUGACAACCCCGGGAGCAUAAUUCCGUAUGUGGAUGACAACGUCAUCGCUACGAAAUUUCAUCAGGACUCACAAAAUGUCAUCCAGUUGAAAGCUGAACGAGAUGUUCUCUUGAAACAGAUUGCCGAAUUAGAUUCCCAGCUGUAUUCUUACAAAAACACUCUCACUCUGGCUCUGUGGGAGCUCAAUGAUCUGAUGCAUUCUGCUGGAAGCUAG